AUGACUGAACAACAACAACAACAACAAGAAGAACAAAGUGCCAAACCAUAUGUUAAAUCCGUUUGUGUUUAUUGUGGAUCUUCCUUUGGUACUGACAAAAGUAUUAUUAAAGCAGCUGAAAAACUAGGUGAACUAUUUUAUAAAUUAAACUGGAGAUUAGUUUAUGGAGGUGGUACUACUGGGUUAAUGGGUACCAUAGCAUAUGCAGCAAUGGGAAAUACUAUUGAUGGCAAUUCAUUGGGUAAUGUUUUGGGUGUUAUACCUGAAGCAUUGGUUAUCAAAGAAAGAAAUUCUAAUAGCACAAGUGAUGAUGCGAAUACAGACAUUGUUGAAAAAAUCAAUAGUGAUGUACAGAAUGGUAAGCAUAAUGGUUAUACUCCUUUAAGUGAGAAAUAUGGUAAAACCGUAAUAGUUAAAAGUAUGCAUUUGAGAAAGGAAUUGAUGGCUAAGGAAAGUGAUUGUUUUGUUGCUAUGCCUGGUGGAUAUGGUACUUUGGAAGAAAUUAUGGAAUGUAUUACUUGGUCCCAAUUGGGUAUUCACGAUAAGCCUAUUGUUUUGUUUAACUAUAAGGGUUUUUAUGAUCCUUUGUUAGAUUUCAUUAAGAAAUCUAUCGAACUGGGAUUUAUAAGUGCUAAGAAUGGUGAAAUUAUUAAAGUCGCCUCAACGGCUGAUGAAGUUAUUGAAUUGAUCAAUAAUUACAAAAUACCUUUGAACUCUAGGUUUAAUUUGAAAUGGGGUCAACAAUAA